ACCCAAAUGGGGUUUCAACUGAGGGAAAAACUAAAAAGCCAAAAGGGAAAAAAAUAGAAAAGAAAAAGAAAAAUCAAAUAGCAAACACCAUCUUCCAUAUUAACCCACCACAAAAGCUCCCCCAACUUGUUUCUCUUCCCCCUCUUUUCCCUUUCUUAGGACACUCUUUAUUACCUUAUUCCCUCCAAACCCUGAACUACCUCUCCCUUACUCCCAUAAAGGUAGCUUAGCUUCACAUGCCAAUCAUCAAAUUAACCAAGCCUCUCUACUCAUACAGAUCAUAAUCACUAAAUGGUGCCUUUUUCAGCUCAAAUUUUUGUGGGGUUUUGCCAACAACCUUAAAUUUCUUCUCUUUCCUUUUCUGUUCAAGGUAAGUAAGUAGCAUGCUCCCAACACCCAAAAGGAAACAACCCAAAGAAAACCAAACAAGCCCCCACAAAAGAGAGAACACCAACACCUCCUUCUAGAUCUAAAUUUGCAAUCUUUUUUCAAUUGGGUUCAACAUUUUGGGUUGUGGGUGUUCGUUGCAGAAGGCCUCAAAAUCUAGGGUUCUGAUAAAUGGAUCCUGUAGCAGCACAAGGACGUCCUCUCCCUUUUCUCACUAGAGAUCUUCACUUACACCCUCACCACCAAUUUCAGCCCCACCACAACCACCAAAACACGGAGGACGAAGCUGCCAAUGGCCGCGGCCAGAAGCGGGAUCGCGACGAGAACGCAGGCGGUGGAGGUGGCUCCUCCACACCCCCUCACGCUGGCGGAGAAGGCCAGGACCCCGGGUCGGGAGAUGGAGGUGGAAGUGAAAUGGCGAGAAGGCCGAGAGGAAGACCAGCAGGUUCCAAAAACAAGCCCAAACCACCCAUUAUCAUCACAAGGGACAGUGCCAACGCUCUCCGAUCCCAUGUUAUGGAAAUCGCCAACGGCUGCGACAUCAUGGAGAGCGUCACCGCCUUCGCCAGGCGGCGACAGCGUGGUGUCUGUGUUCUCAGCGGCAGCGGCACCGUCACCAACGUGACCCUCCGGCAGCCAGCUUCCCCUGGUGCCGUUGUGACCCUUCACGGAAGGUUCGAGAUUCUAUCCCUUUCCGGUUCAUUUCUGCCGCCGCCGGCUCCGCCUGCCGCGUCAGGACUAGCCAUUUACCUUGCUGGCGGACAGGGACAGGUAGUAGGUGGAAGCGUGGUGGGACCCCUUGUGGCUUCGGGUCCUGUUGUUAUCAUGGCUGCUUCAUUUGGUAAUGCUGCUUAUGAGAGACUACCCUUAGAGGAAGAGGAAACUCCGGUACCGGUUCCGGGAACCGGAGGAUUAGGGUCGCCGGGAAUUGCAGGGACACAGCAACAAUCGCAAUCGCAGCAGCAGCAACAGCCGCAACAGCUUGUGGGAGAUCCUAACAGUUCUUCUCUCUUCCAUGGAGUUCCGCAGAAUCUUCUGAAUUCGGUUCAAUUACCUGCUGAGGGUUAUUGGGGUGGCACUGCUCGCCCCCCUUUUUAACAAAAAUGUUUUCACUUUCAUGGGGUUUUCGAUUAUCUUUGUUUUCUUCUUUUAUUUUUGUUCAUGUCUCUCUUCUUCUUUUCAAUUUCGACUCUCUCUUUAUGAUCUUCACUGUUCAUUCUCCUUCUUGCUUAA